UACAAAUACAGCUCUUGACAAAAACAAAUCAUCGCGGGGAUUACAAACCAAACUAUUCCAAACAAAAAACAGCCAUAACGUAUUACCUUAGAUUAUUCUGUCAAUUGCAUUUAUAUUUAAUUGAUUUAUUUGAAUAAAAUAAAAAAAUGAGCAAACAUUUCCCAAGGAUCGCGGCUGCAACCUAUGGACUAAUCAUUGCCAUAAUUUUGAGAAGUGUCAUACCCUUCAUAAUGGUCCACGGACAGGAUACAAAAAUUUACUCCGAGCGGCUUACAUUGGCAGUCACUGGCUUUUUUCUCAGUGUAUUAAGUGUCAUGUCGAUCAUAAUCACCAUAUUUCCAAUUAGCACUGGGCUGGCUUCUCUUACUGAUAACUGGAUCGUUUUUGGGUAUAUCCCCUUGCUGAUACUUACAAUAAAUUGGUCAUGUCGCUACUUUAAAAGACGUGUCUUGGAACUCGGGGGAAUAGUUCAAGAAUCUAAAGCGAAAAUGCAACAGAUUUGGUGGAAUUACUUUAACUACAACGACACUACUUGGACCCAACUUGAAAAAUCGUUCCAUUGUUGUGGAUCGGAAGGACCGAGGGAUUAUUUGGAAUUCCUUCAGAGGAUUCCCAGUCACUGCUACGCUCCGCACCUACUCACCCGGGGUUGUGGUGACCUUAUAUCGGAUAAAAUUGUAGCUCUUCACAGAAUCGGAUUUUUUAUAAUUGCAGCAUCUAUCCUCAUACAGAUUAUUGUAUUAUGGCAUUAUGGUAUUAUCUUUUUCAGCAAAGUAAUCAGUUUAAGGAAUAACAGAAAACGGAGAAAGACUUCUAAGGCUUCAUAAAAGUUUCCAUAAGUUUUGUCAUACAUUUUCUAGAACUAAGGAUCUUUUUUUUUAUUAGAUAUAAAACACAGAUAA